GUCGAUUGCAGAACCACAUCGCUACCCCUGACGGCAUUAUCACGGGAGCGCCGGACAGCGAGAGAUUCGUGUGGGAGGACAAAGACAUCACUACUUUACCGUUCGACCCACUGAGCUUGCGAUAAGGAAUUGGAGCGAGAGGAAGAGAGAAGAUCAGUCUGAUUGAGAGGAGAAACGUCGGUGCUGGCUGGCGGCGACAUCACCCAGAUCAUGCGCGUCGAGGCGUGAUUCUCGAGCAGAGGGAAAGAUAGUACAAGGACAACACAACACCAUCUCACACCACACCACACACGAAUACAACAUCACCCAUCACGGCGGAUACGCGAGACGCAGUAAUGGCGACCAAGAUGCAUACACAAGGCCAGCGCCACGACAGAAUAGACGGUGGCCCUGCUGCCACCCACGACAACACGCAAGGACUGCUGCCCUCAUCGGCCAUGCGUACGGCAGGAGACCCAGAAACGUCGCUAUCGCAGAAGCUAAUGUCUGCAGUCGUCGGCUCCGUCCUGACUUCCUUGGUUGUCACGCCUCUAGACGUGGUCCGCGUGCGGCUACAAGCACAGAAGAGUCCGUCUCCCACCGCAAAACUGCCCUCCUUCCUGCAAUUGCCUCCCAACCUCGGUGUCACUGCCUGUUGCCGCGAGGUCUUCUGGGUGCAAAAUCAGUCGCAGUUCUGUGUUGCAGCUCCAGCGCACGAAGCAGCAGCAGCAUCAGCGCCAGUAGUAGAAUCCGCCAUAUCUGACUGUGCAGCAGCCGAGACCCAACGCCGCACAAUCAACUCGACUUUCGAUGGACUGCGAAAGAUUGCCAGAAACGAAGGCUUCUGGACACUAUGGCGAGGACUCAGUCCAACACUGGCGAUGGGCAUCCCUGCCAAUGUCAUCUACUUUGCGGGCUACGACUGGCUACGCUGGAAUCCGCAUAGCCCACUGAACGGCACAGUAAGAGACGAGCUCGCACCAGUCGUCGGAGGAUCGCUCGCUCGAAUCUUAGCUGCCGUCUGCGUCAGCCCCAUCGAAAUGCUUCGCACCCGAAUGCAAGCAGCCCAACACGAGAACACAGGUGGAAAGGGUGUGAUGCGAGUCACAAUGCGGGGGAUAUCAGACAUGGUUCGGGAGCAGGGAGUCCACACUCUCUGGAGAGGCAUCACUUUGACCUUCUGGAGAGAUGUACCCUUCUCGGCAUUCUACUGGUGGGGCUACGAAUGGGGGAGAAAGAGAUUGGACGAAGGCCGUCGUCAAGCAUAUAUGGGCUCAAUCACUGGAAAACCACAAAACGAGACCCUCAGCCACACUGAGUUGCUUUACGAUUCCUUCAUCGCUGGAGCUGGAUCGGGAGCCAUCGCGGCUUUCGCCACGACGCCAUUCGAUGUUGGUAAGACGCGACAGCAGACUAUGAUGGACUCUGGCAUUCCCGCCACAGAACGAGCUUUGCGGCCAGAGACGAUGAUGAUGCCGAGGUUUCUGUACCACAUCUAUUGUACGGAAGGAUGGUCUGGUCUGUUCAAAGGCUGGAGUGCACGAACUUUGAAGGUCGCGCCGGCUUGCGCUAUCAUGAUUUCGAGCUAUGAAGUCGGCAAGAAAUUGGCCUUGGCUGCAAAUCGAGAGAAGGCCGAUCGUGAGGCUCUGUGAAAUCGAGAUGAGAGGUUGGGAAGGAUGGACUCCCUCCACUCUCCACUGCGGUCGAUUUUGUCGUAGCGUUUAGCGUUUGAGCGUUCGGUGGGCAUACGACAUGAAACAGAGCUCAGUCAGCUCAGUCAGGGUGUCAAUACCCAAAGUGUAACAAUACCAGAGGCAUGGCGGAGUCGUUGGACACGCAGAUGCCAUUUACUUACUCACGAUUAGCACUCGUCAUGCAACGAAAUUCGAUGUGCAGAACGAUGGAAUCCCAGGAUGACUCGUGACUUCCAGCUCUCUUAAUAUGAAUGCGUAUUGAUCAAUU